CUAGAGAUUCUGGAAAUUGGCGAUCUGGCGGAGGAUCGAUUUCGGGGCAUUUUCAAGAUGUCAUACACUGGAGACGCCUUUCUCACCCUUAAGACGCGAGUGCAGGCGAAUCCACUCAACACCUAUCUUCUCACCCGACCGUCGUUCGCGACUCCCAUGCCCGUCGCCGCAGCAACUCCUCUCACCAUACCUUUGCAAAUCACCCUCUCCGAUUUCAAACUCUCCGGCUUCGUCAUAUUAGUGUUCUCCAAGCAAAAAGGAAUCACUGUUGUCUUCCGCAAUGAUCCACUCGAAUCUCUCAAAGUCUCCUCAACCUUCGAUUCAAUUCCCUUUGUGCGCGACUUCUUGCAAAGAGAGAUAGAGGCACAGCUUCGGAUUCUGUUCAUGGACGAAUUGCCCGCUAUCAUCCACCGCCUAUCCCUUCGACUCUGGGUUCCGGAAUAUCGCGCUGGUGAAGAUCUUCAGAAUGAAGCUGCGGACACUGCAGGCGAAGGACCAGGUCAAGAUCCCUUGGCAAGCCCGCCACAAGACCCGGUCGAUGCGUCCGGAAACGCUUUGGAUGAAUCGGAAAUCGCCUCUCUCUCCCUCGAUUCCACCGUUGAGACCCACUCUCUCUUCUCCCAAAAGAACCUUCUCCGACUCGCUGCACUCACGGAUUCCCAGCGGACGCUAUCGCUUUUCACUCCAUCUAUUCAGGAAGUUGUAUAUCGCGCGUGGACUUCACCUUCCGACUCGGGCGAUCUCUCUGGAGGCGUGACGUCACCGCUUGGCUCAGUCCUCUCUAGGACCCAUUCGCAGAUUGGGGGCCUGUCCUCCUCCUUCCAGGACACGGCCAGCAUGGUAUCUGCGCAAAGCAGGUCUUCUGUGAACACGCACACUUUCAGCAGCUACGGGUUGAACCUGGGUUCAGGACGUCAUUCGAAAUCCAACGCGAGAAAGCGGAAGAAGCGCGUCGUUGAUUUGCGUCGCCCCAAGACGACAGAUGAUGCCGUCAGCGUAAGUGGUGAGAGUACCUAUACGGAGACUACGAGCGCCGCAUCGGUUUACUCAGCUCCUCUACCUGUGGUGAGCGAGCAGACCGAUGAUCCAGUGACGCCCCCACUUUCGCCAAGCAGCGACCUUCAUCUUCCAACGAUCCCUGAACGACAUCGUGCCAGUUUAUCCAGACCUGCUAUGCCACGGCGUAAUAUCGCAACUGAAAUGUUACGGGACGUCGGCGAAUCAUCAUCCUCUGCGGCUCCUCGUCAUCCUGCAGUCGUUGACGUGGAUGCCACUCCUCGGAGUUCUAUGCAUCCUCACAUGUCCUCUCGCCGGGAGAGCGAGAAGCAGCAAGAAGCAGCUGUAACCCGCAACUUACCUGCGACAGCCCUCCCGUUCACAGACUCCAAACCAACCUCUAGCGUGGUGGAUCAAGCGCUGGUCGAAAGACUCGCUGGGGAAAUUGCCCGUCGCAUGCGCGAUGAGAAGCUGACCCCUGGUGGCAAUUGCAGUGCCUUUUGGGAUCGUUUAAGUCAUGAAGAUGCUCCUCCGGCGUAUGGUCAAUGAUCAUCCUUCUCCACCUACUUUCACCUUUUUCUCUUCUUAUCAGGACUGCCAUUGUGCUCAGUGCAUUCCUCAAGGCUCCAGGUUCAGGAGCCAUUCACGACCGCUACGACAUUGAUUUUAAUUUUUCCGCUCUGCUUCUUAUUUUGAUUCUGAUCAUCUCGCGGGGUGAACUUUGGAGCGGGUGCUAGAACUUGUAUAUUGAUUGGGCUGUAUCCAUAAAAGAAUCGGGCGUGUAUUUUGUGGGCUUUUUUUGUGCAAUUUGUGCUUCUGUGAGCGACAUGCUUUCUUCCAAGGAUACCACCUCGCUCGCUGACCGACUCUCUUUGACAUUGUAAAUAUU